GUGUAGCGAGAAAAUGAACAAAUGAACCUUCAAAAUAGCUGGAAGUGUUUUGAGAUGUCUAAGAAGCGAAAAAUUGAUAAGUUUUACUGUUAUCCAACAGCAGAAGUAACCUCUCCUAAUGCUUGCCGUGACGAGCAUUCGCUGACUUGCACUCCUAUACCAGUUCUCUCAAGUGAUGUAACAUCAGUCGACUUCGUGAAGGUUUAUGCUGCACCAAUUUUGGAUCCAAAGACAACUUCAAGAAUCAUCAGAGAUCUUCAAAGUGUCUUCCCACUGACUGCACUACCACAUGUCAAGCGAGUGCGGAAAAUUACUAAAGACAAACCACAAUUGGGAGGAGGUAGUCUGGAAGUGAUCCUUUGUCUGGUCAAAGACGUGGAAACGUCCAGCUCUCCUGCAUCGUUGUCUGACAUCUUCAGUGGCAGGCCCAGCACUUGCCAAGAUGGCUUGGGGCUGGGGCAACCCUUUGUCGCCAUGGUAUCCAAGACAGCACCCAUCACCAGGCAACAGUUUGAGGAGGCCUCCCGAGAGUGGCCAGUAGUCUUCCAUCAGAACAAACAGCUCAGUCAGGUCGUAAGCGGUCAAGUCUUCACGGACGUGGACAAAGAGAGGAUCGCCAGCCACAUGAUGGACGCAGUAGGGGCAGCGAGGGAUGGCCUUCAUCGGGGAAUGGAACCCAUCGGUGCAGUCAUAGUGGAUCCCGCGACUGACACCGUAUUAGCUUCCUGCUAUGACCUUCGUCACCUCAGUUAUAGCCCCUUGAAGCAUGCCGUCAUGGUUUGCAUCGACCUAGUGGCACAUGGUCAGAGGGGAGGGGCAUGGGAGGUCAAAGCACCAGGACAUUACUUCAUGACCCAUGAGAUUGACACAGGUGAUACAGCUGCUCAACAAAUAGAUACGAACACAGUGUCGACUGACAGUAGCAGGGAUCCCAGUGUGUUGUCUGUCAAAGGCUCACUGGUAUAUCCUGGGGCCAGCAGGGAGCCACCAGACAUUACAGACGAGACCGACAAAAUUGGGAUUCAAACUCCAGACUGUGUAGAUAAGACUCCUAGGGAAGGAAGUGCUAAUCCGUCCAGGGGGGAUAAUGGAAGGAUUUUAUCACCAUGCUGUGUUGAUGACCGCACGGAUAGGAAUGAAGCAGCGGGAUUAGCUCGGCAGUCUGGCGAUCAUGGCUCAUCAGGGAUCUCUAAGCCACAGGGGCCCUAUCUUUGUACAGGUUAUGAUCUGUACAUCACACGGGAACCAUGUGUCAUGUGUGCUAUGGCCUUGGUGCAUAGUCGGAUCAGGCGAGUGUUCUACGGCGUCAGCCAUCCCGAGGGAGCGUUGGGCAGCAAGUACCUGAUCCACUGCCAGAAGGGUCUCAACCAUCACUUUGACGUCUACCGGGGCGUUCAGGAGGAGGACUGUCGGCAGUUAUGCAAUGCACACAGCUGACGUCAAAUCAGAUCCAUGAACAAGCUUUGGCCAUCUUUAAACUUAUUGAUCCACUGCUUACAACAAACCUACUGAAUCAGCUAAUCAGUCAAGUUUCAAUGAACUUUCAAAAUCGAUUUUUAUUAAAAUCACUUCAAUGGUCCAGAUCUCUUUUUUAAAUCCAGGUUUUUAUUAUUUCCAGUUAACAAGUCGUGAUUAAACAUGAUCACUUGAAAUCUCUGAAACUGGUUGGAGACAUUGAUAAUUCUGUGUUCAACAUUGACUAAACUGCUUUAACAAAAGGCAAAACUUUCUUUGAAUUAAAAAAAUCCAAGUAUAUUACACUCAUUACAAUUGUACUUUCAGCCAAAAAGCAAUUGCUCGUUGUGAUGGCAUCUGAAAAGACCAAUGACAGUCUCAGCAGUGCUGAGGUUUAAAAUAAUGGUGCCCAUCAGAACAAAAGGCAAUUGUCUUUGUUACACAGUGGAACUGUAGUGGUUAUUGUCAUGAAAUUAAAAUAAAAGGACGAAUUUUA